GGUGGGGCCAAAGGGCUUGUUUCCGUGCCGUAUGCCUCACUCCCACGUACACCAACUCACCCCCUCGCCCUCUGGCAUCCUCUCCUCUCUCUGCAGCCCCCCCCACCUCCCUGACGGACCAUGCGAUUGGGAGCCCUGCUAGCUGCCGCCGCCAAGCUCCCUCGUGGCUACCGGCACGGCAUGAGCCGGCCCUGGACGGUGGCCGCCCAGAGGAUGAACCCUCCGGGUCGCCAGCGGAGAAAGGUGUUUGUGGAACCCCUAGCUCAGGACGAGUGGAAGAUCUUCCGAGGGGAUACGGUGGAGAUUCUCAAGGGCAAAGAUGCUGGGAAACAGGGAAAGGUCAGCCAGGUGAUUCGAGCUCGGAACUGGGUGGUUCUGGAGGGACUCAAUACGCAUUACCGCUACGUUGGCAAGAUGGGAGAGCACCGGGGAACGUACAUUGCAAGUGAGUCACCACUGUUGAUCCAUGACGUGUCACUAGUGGACCCCAGCGACAGGAAGCCAACAACAGUGGACUGGCGGUAUACAGAAGAAGGAGAGAAGGUCCGGGUAUCCACCCGCUCCGGGAGAAUCAUUCCCAAACCAGUGUUUCAGAGGAGAGACGGGAUUGUGCCAGAACAGUGGAAAGAUGGGCCAAAGGACACCAGUGUUGAGGAUGCACUGGAGAAGACAUUCACACCCAUUCUGAAGACCUUUGAGGAAGACGUGAUGGAGAAAAUGGGAAUAAACGAAAGCAGCAGGCCUCGGAGAUCAUACUGGUACUGAGCACCUGCAGGACACAUGCUGGUGCCCAGGGGAGCUAAACAGGAAGAGACAGACUACAUCCAGUCACACAGGGAAUGGGCACUUCACCCUAGAGUUAGCCGUAUUUAAUUAAUACUGUCAAAUAAAAGGAUUUAUUUUCAUUG